ACCCCCCUCCUCCGCCUCGAACUCCGCGACCUCUCCAGCGCGGGCACGCACACCUUCCUGCGCCUGCUCCACGCCUCGGAUGCGCUCUCGACGGCCGUCACCACGGUGCUAACCCACCUCUACACCUCGCUCCCACCCUCGAGCAUCCCGCCCACCCGCUCCGUAACCCUCGUCUUACGCGACAUGGACGGCGUCGCCUACACCACCGGGCUAGACCUGGACUCUGAUCACAAGGAAAUCCACUUCAACACCUCGUACAUCGCGCGCAUCGACGCGGGGCGCGUCAAGGAAGAGAUGCUCGGUGUGCUGGUGCAUGAAAUGGUGCAUUGUUGGCAGUGGGAUGGCAAAGGAGCGGCGCCGGGGGGCCUGGUGGAAGGGAUUGCGGAUUGGGUGAGGUUGAAGGCCGGGUAUGCGCCGCCGCAUUGGAAGAGGCAUGUGGAUUGUGAGUGGGAUGCUGGGUAUGAGCGUACGGGGUAUUUUCUGGAGUGGUUGGAGAGGGAGCAUGGGAGGGAUGUUGUGAGAAGGAUUAAUGAGGGGUUGAGGGUGGAGAAGUAUGAUGAGGAGAGGUUGUGGAGGGAUUGUUGUGGGAAGGGGGUUAAGGAGUUGUGGGGGGAGUAUAAGAAGUGUUUUGAGGAGGAG